GAGUAACAUUAGAUGGUGAUACUACUAUUGAUUCGUCUAAAUGGAUUAAUCUUCCAUACACACCAGAUCCAAAUUGCUCCUAUUCUCCGUUUUUAGGUGGCAUAGAAAAUGACAAACUUUUCUUUACUACUAGUAAUCCCUUUGACGUAAAAAAUCAUUUUACUACCAGAAAUUUCUUUGAUGUAAAAAAUCAUUUUACUACUAAAAAGUUUGAUAGUAAAUAUUUCUCUUUUUUUGAAGGUGGUGAAUAUGAUGCGAAAUAUAUUGACAUAUUUGAUACCACAUUAAAUAAUAUUUCUUAUGCUAUAGAUAUAUUUGAUACUAUCGAUUUUGAAUGGUCAGUUAGUACAAUAAUUCCAAUACUAUAUUGGGAUUAUAUUGAUCAGUCCGUUUUUGGCCCUCCUCGAGUUUUUCUACCAAGUGGUAAAAUUAUACAUAUUGGUGGAAAGCCGGAAUCGCAUAGUUCUACAAAAUUAAUGGAGAAAUUGUUAACAUAUGAUACCAUUACUGACUCAUGGGAAAUAAUUAAUACGAUAGGUGAAAUACCUGCUGAACGUACUUUUCAUACAGCUGUUUUAACCAAAGAUGGUCGCGUUAUUAUAUAUGGUGGAACUAGCAAUAAAAUACCGGAUUAUCCUGCCUACCCGUAUUUGGCAAUUUUAAACACUUCUAAUUAUGAAUGGACUGCACCAAAAGCAAUAAAUUCUAUUGGACCUGUAGCUUAUCAUACAUCAAUCAUAAUUGAAAAUUAUAUGAUUGUAGCAUUUGGUGUAAAUGUAACAAAUGAUGAGUUUAUUCAGAGCAUCUAUAAAUUGGACAUAUCAAACCCAUCAAUCUAUAAAUGGUCAUUAUUAUCUAGUUAUAAUUCUUUUUGGGAAAAUCUUUACUAUCAAAUAAUUUUUGUUGUAAUUUUUGUUUUGGUUGUG